GAUCAAUUUAUUUUUCAUUGUAAAAAAUGUGAUGAAUUAAUAACAUCAUUAAUCAAUACAAAUGAUUCAUCAUCAUCAUCAUCAUCAUCAUCAUCAAAACAUUUGAUUCGUUUAGCUGUUUGUAAUGGUUUUCCAAUGGAAUUAUUUUUCUAUUGUUUUGUUGGUAAAACAUUCAAUAAAAGAAGUUUUCCAAUCAAUUAUCAACAUUGUGUUUUUAUGGCAUCAUCAUCAGUACCAAUUAUUGUACAAAAAAAUCAUGAAAAAUUAAUCUAUCUUGAUUGUGAUGAUAAUAAUAAUAUUUGUCAAUAUAAACCACAAUCAUUACCCGAAAUGGUUGAUAUAACUGAACGUUUAUUAAAAUAUCCACGAUCAUUAUGGAAUCGUCCAAAUGAUUUAUCAUCUUGGCGUACAUCAUUUUCACGUUCGAAUCGUAAAUUUUUUCUUGAAUCAUUUGAUCUUGAAUGUUUAUUUGAUUUAGAAUCGGAUAAAAAUUCUUCUAAUUGUAAAUUUUUAUCCGUUUCAAUAACAAAAUCAAAUAAUGGUAACAAACAAUCGAUUGUUAUUAAUCCAAAUGAAUCAAAAAAUUAUUCCGAAUUAUUAACACCGGAAUUUAAAUUAUCAAAUUUAUUUAUGAAACGAAAAAUUCGUAUUCCUUUUAUUCCAAAAAAAUCUGCUUCGAACAAUGAACAAUUGUCGAUUGGUAAAUCAAAAAUGACAAAAUCUUUAUUUAAUCGAUCAUCUACAAUUCCAUAUGAUCCAAAAAAUCAUACACAAAUAAUUGGAUCAUCAAAUACUAUAUUCAAACGGCCGCAAACAUUCAAAAAAUUGGCUGAUUCUACUAAGAUUGUUAAAAAAACACGUAGCUCAAAAGCUAAUCAAUCAAAUCGUAAACUUAAACAAUCAAAAAAUGUCAAUUCACAAGAAUCAUUGACAAAAGUCAAACAAUCAUCCAAUAUGGCGGAAAAACAGCAUGAAUUGAUUGAUGAUGAACAAACAAUUAAAGAUUCAAUAGUUGAUAAUUUAUUACAUAUUUUUCAACCAUGUCAUUCGGAUAUAACAUUAUUACAGAAAACAAUGGAUCAAUUAUUUACAACAUUUUGGAAAAAUGCUAUAAAAAUUUUACAACCAUCAUCAAUGCCAAACAUUUCUGAACAAAUCGAAACAAUAAUUGAUGAUUCAGAUCAAGAUAAAUCACAACAAAAUACAAAUCAAUCAAUACCAUGUCCAUUUUGUUUACGAUAUUUUCAGGAUUCUGAUUCAAUGAAAUAUCAUUGCAAAUUUGUUCAUCGUGGAACAGAUGUGUUCAUUGAUGAUGCCGAUGGAUUUUCCAUUGAACGAUUAAAUCGAUAA